GUGUCAUUUCUGCGAGAGCGAAAAGAGAGCGGCGGGGAGGCGAGAGAAGAGCGCGCGCGCACACACGCGCACACACACACACACACAUCCACGCGCGUGCACGCACACACUAACACAUAGCUACAUACAUUCUUGCAUACAUACACAUACACACCCAGAGCAGCGUGGAGAAAGUUGAACGCGCCGAGGGACAUGGAGACCGCCUGUUGACCUCCCACCUGUAAAAAAACGAAAAAAAAAAAAAAAAGAUACAGGUACCAACGAAAACGUGUUCUCAGUGUGUGUGUAUGUGUGUGUGUGUGUGUGUGUGUGAGUGUGUGAGUGCGCACAUGCAUGUGCUCUGUGUUGUUAGGAUGCCUAUGCUAUAACACCCCCCACCCCACCUCUUAUUCAGUGGCAUAAACAAUUGGUUUGCAAAUAGGGAUGAGACGAGACAGGUUGAAGGUGGUAGACAGACGGGCAGGGCUGGUGUGUUCAGGCUGCUCAUCCCCCCGGUGAGGCUGCCAUGCUGACCUUACCGUUUGACGAGCCGGCGAUGAUGGACGCGCAGUUCGUGGCGAACUUCCCCCGGGAGUGCGCGGACGGCAGCGCCUUCAAGAAGAAGGCUCGAGAUGCGCUGAAAGCUCUGGAGGACGACGACUCGGAGCGGGACGAUGACGAGCGGGGCGAUGGUCCCGAGGCGGAGUUGGAGGAUGACGACGACGACGAUGAGGAGGAGGAGAUCGGAGGGGGCCCGGCGGCGCGGCGGAGAGGCCCGCGCAAGAAGAAGACGCUGACCAAAGAGCGCAUGGACCGCGUGAAGAUGCGGCGCAUGGAAGCGAACGCGCGCGAGCGGAACCGCAUGCACGGGCUCAACAACGCGCUGGACAGCUUGCGUAAAGUGGUGCCGUGCUACUCCAAGACGCAGAAGCUGUCCAAGAUCGAGACGCUUCGCCUGGCCAAGAACUACAUCUGGGCGCUGUCGGAGAUCCUAAGCACGGGAAAGCGGCCUGACCUGCUCAGCUUCGUGCACACGCUGUGCAAAGGCCUGUCGCAGCCCACCACCAACCUAGUGGCUGGCUGUCUGCAGCUGAACGCGCGCAGCUUCGUGGGCGAGCCCGGCGCGGACUCUUCAUUCCCCUCUACCAGGUCUCCAUACGACGCCGUGUACGCUGCUUACCACGGUGCAGAGGAGGCGGCGGCGGCUGCUGCUGCUGCGGCCGCGGCUGGGGUUGGGGCUGGUGCGCCCCCCAUCGGAGGUCACCACCAUCAUCACCAUCCCCAUCACCAUCACCACCCCCAUCACCAAGACAGCGCCAAGUCCUUUAGGCCUUACGGCUACUGCGGCGCGUACGAGGCUUUCUACGAGAGCGCGUCGCCCGAGUGCGCAAGCCCGCCCUUCGAGAGCGCGCUCAGCCCGCCGCCGCCACCGCUCAGCUUUAGCGGCAUCUUCUCGCUCAAGCGUGAGGAGGCGGCUGUCGACUACGGCAAGAGCUGCCACUACAGCGCGCGGAGCUUCUGCAACAGCAGCAGCAGUGCUGGAGGAAGCGCGCCACAGCCGCAUGCACCACCAGGCCGCUCCUCAACUCUCAGCACCAGCAGCAACGGUGGAGGCGCAGGUGGAGGAGGAGUAGGAGGAAGCAGUGGUGCAGUUCACGCGAGAUCUGCAGCUGACCUGCACUUUCCUUACGAUCUCCACGUGCGCGGCCAAUUUUACAACGUGCAGGACGAGUUAAGCACGACUUUUCAUAACGGAUAAAGGAAAAGGAGGGAGUGGGUGUAAAAAAAACUGGGGCCCCACUUUUUAUCUCUCUCUCUUUUCACAGCAGGGUAAUUACUGAAAAUAACGAACUUAACCCGCACAUGUAUUAUUUAACGUCGUUCUGCAUUAUGUGAGUGUGUUGGGUGGGGUGGGUUGGGGGGUGUCUCUGGUUCUAGGCCAGCUGAUGUUUUAUGUAUUUGAUUUGAAGGGAAUGGAGCAAUUGCUUGGAGCAAACAUGUUUGGCGUGGGAUGCCCUUGAGAGAAAAAGUAUAUAGAACACUUACUUUCAUUUACUUUCAUUUAAUAUCAAACCCCCACAGAUUAGUCAAUCAUUUAAAGACCACCAUGAUGAUGCAAAUAGGAGAUAUAACCGAUAAAACAAAACAAAAAGAAAACAGAGUAAGAGUGUCAAAAUAUAGCCUACGUUUAAUUAACAGCAAUUUUCUGUAUUAUUUCAAUCAAUCUAAUUGUUUGAUAUCUGACCUGUCUGGGCUGCAAUAAGGUCUCACGUCAUCGCGUUUAUUAUGCACAUUUAGCGCACAGUUGCCCUUUUGGCACCGGAUAAAUGUGAGACCACUCAUUUAGCAAGGUGGAAAUUAAUUGAGAAGAAUCGAGAAGAAAACAAAAAUGCAAGAGAGCAAUAAAUGCAAAGGGAGCUAUGCAACACACGUCGUCCUUUUGCAAACGAGAAGAUACCAGAACUCUGUCCACCAGGCCCUGCAUUCCUGCUGAAGAAACACCCAUUUACGAAUGUCAGUCAAUUCACAGUGGAAUUAAACUUCUACCACUGCUACCACUUCACCUGUGCGUGCAUGUGUGUGUGUAUAAAAAUAUAAAUAUGUAUUUGUAUUCAAGAGUUUAUUUUACUGAUCUUAAUGCUGAAUAAGGUGCCAUUCUCACCGUGUCCGCUGUUUGUUUUGAGAUGUUUUGAGGUGUGUGCGAGAGUGUGUAAACGGUUGAACGCCUGAAUCGACAUAUUUGGCGCUAUGUUUGGAAUCCUUAUGUAUUAGAACAUAAUCAUAAUAUAUUCAUCCUUUAAAUACUACGGUUCGUCCAAUAUAUGAUAUAAAUUAUGUUCCCGAUGUGCUUGCGUGUUUGAUUGUAUUCCUUUGACCUUGAACAUUUGGAUGGUGGACAAUCUAAUGUGCUGCAGGUGUUUUUGAUAAAAACACAAACUCUUCACAAAUAAGAAUGUGGUGCGAAAAUAGUGUAAAAAUGGUUACAGUUAGUUAAUGUAAGUCAAUUAUGUAACAGUUUGUUUGCCCUUUGUUCUGUUAAUGUAUUUCUAAAGAUGUUUGAAUUGUUUUAUUUAUUUAUUAAAUUAUUUAUUUACCAUUUUAUUUAUUGAAAAUUUUGCGCACAGCCUCGAAACAAUCAUGUCUGCAAACUGAACUACAUUUUUUAUAUUCCAAACUGAAGCUUGUAAAAAAUACGUGAUAGGAAGAAUGUGUGUGUGUGUGUGUGUGUGUAUGUAUGUAUGAGGGUGUGGGUGUCAUGUAUAGUGAGAGCUCAUGUCAUGGGAAAAAUCCUUUUGCCUUAAUGAUGUAGUUGGCGCCCAUCAGUUAUGCAAUGUACUGGAUGUCUUCAGUGGUGGACUCGUAAAGCACUGUACAUUAUGGAAGACACUAAAACUGGUCUUGUGCAGAUUUGUACACUGUCAUUAAGUUGUUUUGUAAAGCAAAAUAAAUAUCAAUUGAAUACUGAACAA